GACAUCAAAAAAUUUAGACUUUUUGAUUUCUCCAAACUUUUGUUUUAACUACAACACAGAUAUGAGAAUUUAUUUGCUGGCAAUGUUUUGUGUCAACGCGCAGGUGUACAGUGCGCGAGUUCUAAUAUUGGACUCGAAAGAACAAGUCAUCGACACUCCAAUGUAUGAUGAAAACAUAAUUCUUGCCGAUAGCCUGAAUAAAAAUGGAAAUAAUAUUGGUGAUUUAAUGGAGAUUAUUAACGAAGAAAAUAUUCCGAUAACCAACGAAAUCGGGGGAGUUUUGGAGAGCUAUUUAAAACCAAUAAGCAAACUUUCUGAAUUAUUUCCUAAUCAACAAGUAGAAGUACAAUUGGAAAUUGAUGGCCCAAAUUAUGUACCAAAGCAGUAUCUACGACGAAGUGAGACCAGUGUGUUGCCUCCGAGCUCUUCAAUUAUAACCACUCCUACCCAGCUAGAAACUUCAACGAAUUCAGCGGUCAAAGAUAGACCCGUGUAUAUGAGCGAUUUAAAGAAAGUUUUUGAUGACUUUGAAAAGAAGCAUACAAAGUUUCAUGAUGACAUCAAGCAGGUGCCUUUUGUUAACAUCAAACAGACGGUGGGGAAUCUAAAUGAUUUAUUGGGGUUAUUAAGAAAAGGUGUCCAAGUGGAAAAGGGUAUUGGAAAACCAACGGGCGAAAAUAUGAGCUGGUUUCAAAUAAAAAUACCAAGAAAUUAA